AUGGCCUCACCCCUAGGGGACAAGCGCUCUUCACCCCGGGUGGAGACCGCCCGCUACAAAGAGACGUCGACAGUCCGCGUGGAGACGUCGUCCCACCGCGUGGAGACAUCCUCUCGGCAGGUGCGAACGUCUUCCCGGCACGUGGAGACCUCCCAGCGCUGCAGCGAGGGGCCCUCCCUCUCCCCCUCUGGGAAACGCCUUCCUCAAGUCCUCGAGGUGUCGUCCCAGCACGUGGAAACCUCCUCACAGCACACAGAAACGUCCUCCCGUCGCGUCAGGUCCUCAUCCCUGCGGGUGGAGACGUCUCUGCACCACGUGGAGAGCCCUGCCAGGCGGGACAAGCCGGCAGGCCGCCAAAACGUAAAAACAGCCCGAUGA